AUGCGCUUCUCUUCCGCCGCUGGCCUCAUGGCCCUUGCUACGUCGACCGUAGCCCACCCCAACUCCGCCACCUCCGAUCUCGACGGCUCCCGUCAAUCCGGCUGGAACCCUCCCUCCAACCUCGCCACACCCCUCAAAGAAGUCUGGGACCACGAAGUCAAGACUUACAGCGACGCGCUCGGCUUCAAGAACUACGGCUGGGAUCAAGUCAUUGCCGGAAAGGGCAAGCUUAAUGUCUGCGUUCGCUGGGAGUCUAGCGCUUCUGUGACUGCUGAACAGCGCACCAAGGUUGCUGCGGCUCUCCAGGAAUCGUAUAGUGCUUGGAUGAAGUGGGUUUCCGGUUAUGAUAACUUUCCUUACGAGGAAGUCAAGAUCAAUGUCGUUGGAUGGGCUGUCAAGAACAAGAGUCUUCUCCAGGGUUCUACUGAAGGUCUUGAUAUCUACACUGACACCGACGCUGAGGGUAUUCCUCAGUGCUCUGAGAAGUGCGGCCGUUUCUUCCACCAGGACGGUGACUACAGCAGCUGCCCGGGAGGCGCUGAGCGACACUACGAUAACUCCCUCUGGCUGACUGAUGGUAUGCAGGGCGGAGCCGGUGGUGACUGGGGACAGCGUAUCGGCCGGGAGUACUUUAUGGAUCUUCUUGGUCAAAAGGAUAUUCACAUUUUGGAGCAUGAGAUUGGUCAUACCUUUGCCCUUGACGACUUCUACGACUGGACUCCCACUGGGCAGACCAACUUCAUCAUGCUUGCUGGUUCAUCUACCAAGGUCACAGACUUUGACGGCUGGAUGUUGAGGAACUGGUGGUACGAGCUAUCUCGGGAGCGUGGCUGGCAAUCUACUGCUUCUAGCUCUGCCUCGAAGGGUACUUCAUCUGAAAAGGCCGUUACUCCUGUCUCGUCCAAGGCUGCUAGCACCAAGAGUGCUGUUGCUAAGCCUACUACUACCACUGUUAAGCAGGCUGCUACCCAAACUGCGGCCAAGCCCGUCAAAGAGAGCGCCUCAAGCGUUACUGCAGGUGCUUACGCUCAGUGCGGUGGUGGUGCCGGUUACACUGGUCCCACCAAGUGCGCUUCUGGUCUGAAGUGCACCAAGCAUAGUGAGUGGUACUCUCAGUGCCUUUAA